UUAUAAAAUGAAUAUAAUUUUGAAUUGAUUGAAAUGGAUGGCAUUCAUGACCGAGCCUCAAGAUAUUUGAGAAGUGCGGCCAAAUGGACGGCAUCGUACAUGGCUUCGGUCGGAUCAAUGACUCGACCAUAUAUUAAGAGAGCUAAUACCGAACCGGUUGAUAACAGUGUCUAUCAUUACGAUGAGCCCCGUAUCCAUCAAUUGCCUCUAUCUCCUCCCACUUCAUAUUAUCAUUCAAAUUAUGAUUUAUUUGAGAGUCCACAACAAUCACUAAUAAAUAAUAAUUAUUUUCAUUGCGACCAAUCAUUUAUUGGUCACAACUCUGCCGCUACUAAUGAGACCAAUGUUGUUGAUAGCAAUGUUCAUAAUACAUAUUAUGCCAUCUCUACUAAUGAUACCAUUGAAAUGCCUGAGCCCUCACUAUCGGAGCAAUUGCUUCAAUUGGACUCAUCGCCAAUCAAAAGACCCUCUCCUUCACCCAGCGAUCAAAGGCGCCGUAAUCCCCGUCCUAUAAAACGGCAAUUACCAGUAAUUAACAGUAAUAUGUCCGCUAAACACGAUACUCCUAUGGCAAUGAAUAGUAAUUAUAUAAAUAUAAAUAAUAACAAUAUUAGUGCACGUGAUAUGAAUCCGCGCGAACGGGCUCUACAACAAAUGCACGAUAAAUAUAGUGGAACUCAUGUCCACACAAUAAGUACUACUCUAUUGGCGCCCACAGAAACAUCCAGUAGUACUUCACUACUAUUUCGUGAUAAUAUAGAUUUAAAUGAUUGUGAUGUCAAUAAUAUAAUGUGUGAUAUUGACAGUAGAGAUAUAUUACCGUCAAUGCCUCCAAAAGCUCCACAAAUCGGCCGAUUAUUACCACAAUUGUGGCCAAAAGAUAACAAAAGUCCUCCUUUGGCGACAUAUGACGAUGAAGAUGAUGAAGAAGCUAUUGCUUCAGAUGAUGAGGAYGAACAGGAAGAUCCAAAUGAUUACGUGAAGGGUGGUUACCAUCCGGUGAAAAUCAGUGAUGUCUUCAACAAUCGAUAUUGUGUCGUACGUAAGCUCGGAUGGGGACACUUCUCCACUGUUUGGCUCUGUUGGGACCUCACUGACAAACGUUUUGUUGCUUUAAAAGUUGUCAAAAGCGCAUCACAUUAUACUGAGACAGCCAUUGAUGAGAUAAAACUACUGAAAAGUGUUCGAGAGAGUGAUCCCGACGACCCAUUUGGUGAACGAGUGGUUAAACUUUUAGAUGACUUUAAGAUAAAUGGUGUUAACGGGACACAUGUUUGUAUGGUGUUUGAAGUUUUGGGUUAUAAUUUAUUGAAACUCAUUAUCCGAUCUAAUUAUGAAGGAAUCCCUAUUUCUAAUGUCAAGAAAAUUAUUAGACAAGUUUUAGAGGGAUUGGAUUAUUUGCAUACAAAAUGUAAAAUAAUUCACACCGACAUUAAACCAGAGAAUAUUCUGUUGACUGUCGAUGAAAGUUAUGUGAGACGACUGGCUAACGAAGCGUAUCAAUGGCAGCAAAUGGGUGUUAGACUCCCGGGAUCUCUCAUAUCUACGGCACCUAAAGAACUAUUAGGUCCUUCAGUAUCUUCUAAAAUGUCCAAAAACAAGAAGAAGAAGCUUAAGAAGAAAGCCAAAAAAGUGGCCGAAAUUCGAGAGAUUCAAAUGCAGCAAUUGGCUGAAGUAGAACUCAGGGAACAAUUGAAUGCUGGUAAUGACUGUUCACAUUUAGGCGACGAAUGUGAUGGUAAUUGUGGACAUAGAAAUGGUUGCGAAAGACUUGCUGCUUUGGAUGAAGAGGUUUCACAAUAUGAACCAUCCCAUCAUCGAAAUCACAUCUCAUCAUUGACUGAGUCUUCCGGUCACGAUAUGCGUAACGGACAUCCUUUGGAUUCGCACAUAAGAGUUAAUGUUACCGACGGUCAAAAUAUUUGUCCACCUAAUGAAAUGCGGAAUCGAUUAGAGCGUUCGGAAAGUACAUUGGCUCCUAAUUAUCAAAAAUGCAAAGAAACUGGAAUUAGACGUGUGUCCAGUUGCCCAGAUCARCAACAAAUGAGGGAUCGCUCACCCGAUCCUUCACAUGAAAAUUGUGAUAUUAAUGUUAAGAUAGCAGAUCUUGGAAACGCCUGUUGGGAGGAUCACCACUUCACAGAAGACAUUCAGACUCGUCAAUAUAGAUGUCUUGAAGUAAUACUCGGCGCCGGUUAUGGUUCUCCAGCAGAUAUUUGGUCCACUGCUUGUAUGGCUUUUGAAUUAGCCACAGGAGACUACCUUUUUGAGCCACACUCGGCGGAAGAGUAUUCCCGAGAUGACGACCAUUUAGCGCAUAUUAUUGAACUGUUAGGUCCCAUCUCAAAGAAUAUUGCGUUUGCCGGUCGAUACUCACGUGAAUUCUUUAAUAAAAGAGGAGAACUGCGGAAUAUUCAUUCAUUAAAACCAUGGGCUCUCUAUGAUGUGUUACUUGAGAAAUAUGAUUGGGAACCGUCUAAAGCGGAACAGUUCACUGAUUUCCUUUUACCAAUGCUAGAGUACGAUCCAUUGAAAAGAGCAAAGGCUCGCGACUGCAUCUCCCAUCCCUGGCUGGCAGACACUGACACCGAAGAUUCGUUAAAAUUUAUUUGAGAUCCACACUAAUUGAUAACACAUUUAUAAAGACUAACGUUAAAACAUUGUUAACAAAAAAAGUUGUUUUUAGAACAUGAAAAAUGAUAUUUUAUUUCAAAAUGCAUUUUAUUUAAUUAAUACACAAAUGAUAUAAAUUUUUUGUUUAUAAGUAGUUUAUUAAGCUAUUGAWGCCAUAAGCGAUAUUAAGCAUUAAUAUUGUAUAAUCUAUGAUCAAAUCAAUGCCGAUUAUGACAACUUAUUUAAUUAAAAACAUAAUUUUAUAUAAGGGUCUCUCAUAUUUUUCUCAAC